CGCGGGCGCGCGGCCGUGGGAUCCCCGCGCUCCCUCCCCCUCCCGCUGCUGUAUAACUUGACUGGCUUGGAGGAGGUGCCGCCGGAGUCGGAGGGCGGGGAGCUCGGAGGAGGGAGCUCGAGAGUUGAGGAGACUAGUGACUGGGAGAAGUCGCAGCCUGCUCCGGUCGGCUCCUUCCCGCUCCCCGUCUCUCUCUCUCUCUCUCUUAACACACCUACUCCGCCUUCAGCCCCAGCCUGCGCCCUCGCUCCUUUUCUCGCCCGGGGGCCCCUGCCAGUCACUCUCCGGGUUUCGGCGCGGCGGGGGCGCCCCGGGGGUGCCCUCGCCCUCCGGGUGCGGGCGGACGGGCGGCGGGCGGGAUGUGGCGCCUGGUGCCCCCAAAGCUGGGCCGCCUGUCCCGCUCGCUGAAGCUGGCGGCGCUGGGCAGCCUGUUGGUGCUGAUGGUGCUGCACUCGCCGUCGCUGCUCGCCUCUUGGCAGCGCAACGAGCUGGCCGACCGGCGCUUCCUGCAGCUCAAUAAGUGCCCGGCGUGCUUCGGCACGAGCUGGUGCCGCCGCUUCCUCAACGGACAGGUGGUGUUCGAGGCGUGGGGCCGCCUGCGCCUGCUGGACUUCCUCAACGUGAAGAACGUCUACUUCGCGCAGUACGGCGAGCCCCGUGAGGGCGGCCGCCGCCGAGUGGUCCUCAAGCGCCUCGGCUCACAGCGCGAGCUGGCGCAGCUCGACCAGAGCAUCUGCAAGCGGGCCACCGGCCGGCCCCGCUGCGACCUGCUCCAGGCCAUGCCCCGCACCGAGUUCGCGCGCCUCAACGGCGACGUGCGGCUGCUCACGCCGGAGGCGGUGGAGGGCUGGUCCGACCUGGUGCACUGCCCCUCGCAGCGUCUGCUCGACCGCCUGGUGCGCCGCUACGCCGAGACCAAGGACUCGGGCAGCUUCCUGCUCCGCAACCUCAAGGACUCGGAGCGCAUGCAGCUGCUGCUGACCCUGGCCUUCAACCCCGAGCCGCUGGUGCUACAGAGUUUUCCAUCUGAUGAAGGUUGGCCAUUUGCAAAAUAUCUUGGAGCUUGUGGAAGAAUGGUGGCUGUAAAUUAUGUUGGAGAAGAACUGUGGAGUUACUUUAAUGCACCAUGGGAGAAACGAGUUGACCUCGCUUGGCAAUUAAUGGAAAUAGCAGAGCAGCUGACAAACAAUGACUUUGAAUUUGCACUCUACCUCCUGGACGUCAGCUUUGACAAUUUUGCAGUUGGUCCUAGAGAUGGAAAGGUGAUCAUUGUGGAUGCUGAAAAUGUUUUGGUUGCUGACAAAAGGUUAAUUAGACAAAAUAAACCUGAAAAUUGGGAUGUAUGGUAUGAAAGCAAAUUUGAUGACUGUGAUAAGGAAGCUUGCUUAUCAUUUUCAAAAGAAAUUCUUUGUGCUCGUGCCACUGUGGACCACAAUUAUUAUGCUGUUUGUCAGAACCUCUUAUCCAGACAUGCCACCUGGCGUGGCACCUCUGGAGGACUGCUUCAUGAUCCACCAAGUGAAAUUGCCAAAGAUGGCCGACUAGAGGCCUUGCUGGAUGAGUGCGCCAACCCAAAGAAGCGCUAUGGCAGAUUCCAGGCUGCAAAAGAACUGCGUGAAUAUCUAGCACAAUUAAGUAACAAUGUGAGGUAGUCUAUGGUGAACUUUUCUUUGCUCUUCUUCAUUUAAAUAGCACUGGCUAAAACGAAACCACCAAAAAUUAUCUGGAAAAAUGAAAUUUGGAAGUAAUACAUUCAGAGGAUGAUAAACUUGCACUGAUAGAUCUUAAUGUUAACAUCCAUCAAAGUAAGACAUAAUUUCAAAAAAUCACAUGAUGCUUCUGCAAAUAAGUUUGUUCUUACACUUUGGAGGCUUGAGCUAUCAUUAACUGCUUUACCCCCUGAAUACCUGACUGGAUUAAUGAGUAUUGUUAAGCUAUUGGAAAUGAGUCUGAUAGUUAUGUUGGCUUGUGUAUCAAAGGGUACUUGGUACUUGACUUAGUUUGCAUUAUGAUCAUGAUUUUGUGAAUCUCUUGUAUUUACUUUGAAUGUCAAGUUAGAUUGGCCUGUUUUAUAGGCUACUUUUUCCUUCUGAUGUGUAGGUUUGGUUUUUUUUUCCCAUUUUUAUGUUUUUAAUUAAAUUUACACAUUCAGGUUACUAUAGGUAUUCAUUUACAUCUGGGCUAGUUUUCAUUCAGUGCUGUGUGGUACACAUUUACCAUUAGGGCAGGAUUCCCAGGUUUACUGUUUUCUCAGAAAGCUGAAUAUUUUAUUAUGUAAAUACAUUUCUUCCACUUUCUGUGGUUUCACCAUUGCAUGAGAUCAUUUAAGGUUGUUUAACAGUUACAUCCCUCUAUGCCAAUAAAUUAUAAGUGUACACUAAACAUGAACUUUGGCAUAUGUUGCAAAAUGUCAUUUUUGUCCCUUAAAAGGCUUUAAGAGUAUACUAGCAAUCUAUACCUUGAUGUUAAUUUGAU